UGAUGCAGGAUGAAGUAAGUCAAUCAACAUGGCUGGUAGUAGAUAUUUGGCUUCACCUGUCCUUCUGAAACAGAUUCUGUUCUGUGGAGAGCUGCGGAGACAUGUCCUCUUUCCAUUGAAGUCAAGACAGCAAGGAACUAUUUUAUCAAGUCACAUCCAUCAUUCUACAAUGGGAAGACUAUGCUCUGGUGGCACUUCUACUGAGGUAAUAGGAAACCUGUUCCUGUCAAGAAAGAGGAGGGUGUGUUCCCCUGAUGUAGGGGUGAGUUAUCUAUUUCCAUUAAAUCUUCAAACUUCUGUAUUUUGCAAAGUUUGGAAUACAAAGUGUGAACUCCAUGAUGCAGCCCCUUUUGAUUCAGAUACCAGUAGCACUAGUCCAAGUAGCACUGAUGUCAAGUACAAAAUAAUUACUCUCAUAGAAACUGAAGAUGAUUUGGACACCUUUAUGAGCCAAGUCACAUCAGAAUUGAAUUUAUCAGAAACUUCAACAACAUCUAUGCAGAUUCUCAGACCCCUGGUUCAAAAACUUGUUAGUAUGGAUUGUGAUUGCAGAGGCAUAUCUGCAAUGCUAGUAGCUAAUCCUGGGAUAUUCUCUGUACAGAUGGAUAGACUUCUUGGCAACAUAGAUUAUCUUCAUAUGCUUGGAUUGAACUACAGACAAUUAUUGAAGACCCUUGAUGGAAACGCAAGGUUGUGGAAGGCAUCGCUUCAGAAUCUUCAGAGCAGAGUCAAACAGCUCAGGAAGCUUGGGUUUGUGGAAGGGCAACUGCAGAGGUUGAUUGCAGAUUGGCCACACAUACUGACCAUGGGUAGUGUCCAGUUGAAUGCUGUGGUCAAGUUACUGAUGGAGAAGUGUAGAUUCCCCAGGGCGGAAGUCUUGACCAUAUUAUCAGACAGUCCAGCAGUCUUGAAAGAAGACCUACAGAGUAUUGAACUUCGUUUCCAGUAUUGCUACUUCAGGAUGGGUAUCCAGAACAACUCCGAGAUGACUCAAGCCAAGAUCUUUAAGUACUCCCUUGAUCACCUACGCUGCAGACACCUUCUCCUUGAGAGACUAGGUCUGUAUGCUCCACCCAAUAAUAGAGGGCACUUUGCAACAAAGAACCCAAGCUUGUCAAGGAUCAUUGAUAGCUCUGAUGGAAGGUUUACAGAGAAGGUUGCCAAGAUCACUAUGGAAGAAUAUGAAGCGUUCAGCAAGAUUCUCCUUGAGGAAAUCAAGGUUGAACAGUUCAACAAAGAUCAUCUUGGUGGAGGAAAUCUUGAUGAGUUCACAGAUGAAGACAGCCAUUAUGAUGAUAGUGAGGAUAGUAUUGACUCUGAUAGUGAGUUUUGGGAUACAGAUGAUACUGUCUCUCAAACGCAACCAUUUGACUUUGACAAAGUUGAUUACAGAAAGAAAAGGUGAUGGGUUUUAUCAUUUGAAGUUUCCUUAACCAUUAAUGCUGCAACCUUACACAACCGAUACCCCUUUCAUAACCCAAUUAUACGGAUAAUAGCUGCAUAAUUUGGUCAUAAAAUCGGAGCGGGACCAGAGUUAUCAGCAUUAUUUUGAUGCAUAAUAGCGGCAUCGGUACCAGAUUUUUACUUUAUUAAUUCAUUUCCAAAGUAAUGCA